CUCGCGGGCGGGCGGCCCGGUGCGGGUGACGGAGCUGAGCAGCAACAGCAGCAGCAGCGCGGUGGAGGAGGAGGGAGAAAGAGCAGGAGGAGGAGAAAGAGAAAGGCAGCUGGGAGGGAGGGAGCGCUGGGCCGGGGACUCGCAGAGAAAAUUCACCACCGUCCUCUCGCACCCACCAAGCGGCGGCGGCGUCUAGAAAUAAGGAGCGAGAAAGAUAACAUUUCCCCGCUCCUUGCACCAUGGUUUUGCGAAUUCGGCUCCUUCCUUGGAUUAUGUUGUGCUCCGUCUGGCUGCUCCGCUUUGCACACACGGGGGAGGCACAGGCUGCAAAAGAAGUUAUAUUACUGGACUCUAAAGCACAACAGACAGAGUUGGAAUGGAUUUCCUCUCCUCCCAAUGGGUGGGAAGAAAUUAGUGGACUGGAUGAAAACUACACUCCUAUACGAACAUACCAGGUAUGCCAGGUCAUGGAAUCGAACCAAAACAACUGGCUUCGGACUAACUGGAUUGCAAAAAGCAAUGCACAAAGGAUUUUUGUAGAACUGAAAUUCACUCUGAGGGAUUGUAACAGUCUUCCUGGAGUUCUGGGGACUUGUAAAGAAACUUUUAACUUGUAUUAUUAUGAAACAGACUACGAUACUGGCAGGAAUAUCAGAGAAAAUCAAUAUGUAAAAAUAGACACUAUUGCAGCAGAUGAAAGUUUUACCCAGGGUGAUCUGGGGGAGAGAAAAAUGAAACUUAACACAGAGGUGAGAGAAAUUGGACCUUUGUCCAAGAAAGGAUUUUAUCUUGCAUUUCAGGACAUCGGAGCAUGUAUUGCUUUGGUCUCAGUCCGUGUUUAUUACAAGAAGUGCUGGUCCAUCAUUGAGAACUUAGCUAUUUUUCCUGACACAGUGACUGGCUCAGAGUUUUCCUCUUUAGUUGAAGUACGAGGAACUUGUGUCAGCAGUGCAGAGGAAGAAGCUGAGAACUCUCCGAAGAUGCACUGUAGCGCAGAGGGAGAAUGGCUAGUGCCUAUUGGAAAGUGUAUCUGCAAAGCAGGAUAUCAGCAGAAAGGAGACACCUGUGAACCUUGUGGCCGUGGGUUCUACAAAUCAUCUUCACAAGAUCUGCAGUGCUCCCGCUGUCCUACUCACAGCUUUUCUGACAAGGAAGGAUCUUCAAGAUGCGACUGUGAAGAUAGCUAUUAUAGAGCGCCUUCUGAUCCACCAUAUGUUGCAUGCACAAGACCUCCAUCUGCACCACAGAACCUCAUUUUCAACAUCAACCAGACUACCGUGAGUUUAGAGUGGAGUCCUCCUGCUGACAAUGGGGGAAGAAAUGAUGUGACCUACCGCAUUUUGUGCAAGAGGUGCAGCUGGGAGCAGGGAGAAUGUGUUCCUUGUGGAAGUAACAUUGGAUAUAUGCCCCAGCAAACUGGAUUAGUAGAUAACUAUGUCACUGUCAUGGACCUGCUAGCUCAUGCUAACUACACAUUUGAAGUUGAAGCUGUGAAUGGGGUGUCUGACUUGAGUCGUUCCCAGAGGCUUUUUGCAGCUGUCAGUAUUACCACUGGUCAAGCAGCUCCCUCACAAGUUAGUGGAGUAAUGAAAGAGAGAGUGCUGCAAAGGAGCGUGGAGCUUUCCUGGCAGGAACCAGAACAUCCCAAUGGAGUCAUUACUGAAUAUGAAAUCAAGUAUUAUGAGAAAGAUCAAAGGGAGAGAACCUAUUCAACAGUAAAAACCAAGUCCACUUCAGCUUCUAUUAAUAACCUAAAGCCAGGAACAGUAUAUGUUUUCCAGAUUCGUGCUUUUACUGCUGCUGGUUAUGGGAAUUAUAGCCCCAGACUGGAUGUUGCCACACUAGAAGAAGCCACAGCCACCGCUGUUUCCAGUGAACAGAAUCCUGUUAUUAUCAUAGCUGUAGUUGCUGUAGCAGGAACCAUCAUUCUGGUCUUCAUGGUGUUUGGAUUCAUCAUUGGGCGAAGGCAUUGUGGCUAUAGCAAAGCUGAUCAAGAAGGGGAUGAAGAGCUUUACUUUCAUUUUAAAUUUCCAGGCACCAAAACCUACAUUGACCCUGAAACCUACGAGGACCCAAAUAGAGCUGUCCAUCAAUUCGCCAAGGAGCUAGAUGCCUCUUGUAUUAAAAUUGAGCGUGUGAUUGGUGCAGGAGAGUUUGGUGAAGUGUGCAGUGGGCGUCUAAAGCUUCCUGGCAAGAGAGAUGUUGCAGUAGCCAUAAAAACUCUGAAGGUUGGCUACACUGAAAAGCAAAGGAGAGAUUUCCUGUGUGAAGCGAGCAUCAUGGGACAAUUUGACCACCCCAAUGUUGUUCACUUAGAAGGGGUCGUUACUAGAGGGAAGCCAGUCAUGAUUGUAAUAGAAUAUAUGGAAAAUGGGGCAUUGGAUGCAUUUCUUAGGAAACACGAUGGGCAAUUUACAGUCAUUCAGCUGGUGGGAAUGCUGAGAGGAAUUGCUGCUGGAAUGAGAUAUUUGGCUGAUAUGGGAUAUGUACACAGGGAUCUUGCAGCACGCAAUAUUCUUGUCAACAGCAACCUUGUUUGUAAAGUAUCAGACUUUGGCCUUUCCAGAGUUAUAGAAGAUGAUCCAGAAGCUGUUUACACUACCACUGGUGGAAAAAUUCCAGUGAGAUGGACAGCUCCAGAGGCCAUCCAGUACCGCAAAUUUACAUCAGCCAGUGAUGUGUGGAGUUAUGGAAUCGUAAUGUGGGAAGUAAUGUCUUAUGGAGAACGCCCUUACUGGGACAUGUCCAAUCAAGAUGUUAUAAAAGCAAUUGAAGAAGGCUAUCGUUUGCCAGCACCCAUGGAUUGCCCAGCAGGACUACACCAGCUGAUGCUAGACUGCUGGCAGAAAGAACGUGGUGAAAGGCCAAAGUUUGAGCAGAUAGUUGGUAUUCUGGACAAAAUGAUUAGGAAUCCAAACAGCUUGAAAACCCCUCUGGGAACUUGUAGCAGACCAAUUAGCCCUCUUCUGGACCAGAACACUCCCGAUUUUACCACUUUCUGCUCCGUAGGCGAAUGGUUACAAGCUAUUAAGAUGGAAAGAUAUAAGGAUAAUUUCACAGCAGCAGGCUACAACUCUCUUGAAUCAGUUGCCAGGAUGACUAUUGAAAUCAAAAACAUGCCAGGUGCUUUGCAAAACAGAGAACAAGAAAAAUCCCUUUCCAGAAGAGAUGACUGCCUGAAUAGAAAUGACAUAAUGGCAGGAGACAAAGGAAGCAGAAAGGGGAAGCAAAACAAGAGAUAUAACCAUAAGAUCAUGAGAUUGGUUUGGAGGCACAGUGAACGCUAUGAGGCAUUUUUUUAAAGCACAUAAGGACUGUAGUUGGGAUUAGAGGAUGGAAAUGUAGAAAAGAAGCAUGGAAAGGAAUGGAGAAGAAGGGAGGAACAGACUGGCAACAGGAGGAAGAGUAAACAGAGGUGUAUGGGAGAGGCCAGAACACACACCUGACAAACUGAGGAUUAUGACUAAUGCCAAGAAUGAAAGACCACAUCUGAAGAGCAUGAUGAUUUCAGGAGGAAGGUGAAGCAGGACAUGGCGAUGCUGCUAGGGAGAGAAGAGCCAGCAAAGCUACCCUGGAAGCCUGCCCUGGAAGCUCCUCAUACUAUUUAUAAUCCUGCUUCCCCAUCUUCUUUUUAGCUCCCCUCUUAUACACAAAAUAUGUAUAUGGAAGAGCAAAGGAGAAGGAGAAGCAGCUAAAUCAAACAUUUUUUAAGUACUACUUGGGAAGAUGUUUAAGCUGGGAUGAUACAGAUUUACUUCUACUGAUGAUGCAAGUGGCAGGAAGUAUCCUUUAGCCUUCCUUGUUCAGACAAAUCAAUGGAAGUCUUUGCCACUGCUUACAAAUAGUCCUUGUUGAGAAACAGAAUUUGAAUAGUUUAACUAGUCCAGGACAUUCUGAAAUGUCAUUUCACGCCAGAUCUGAAAGAAGCAGAUAUCAUAAUAUUUACAGUAAAAUAAACAUAGAAGAAAAACAUUGGAGUAGUUUCUUCUAAAGCUGAAAAUAACUGUUUCAGUAUCAAAAAUAAAAUAAAAAAAAAUCAUAAAAAAAAGAUGGGGGGGGGGGGGGGGAAAUUUGUCAUUGAAAAGAAAAUAAAUUUAAAAUUUUUACAUGAAUUUUUAUCUUAGCAAUUGGAAUUAUUUUAAUUAUGCUGAUUUGACUUUAUUUCCCUUUAAAAAAAAUGACAUUUUUUAGAAGUAAACUGGAAAAUCAGCAUUUUUAGACUGUCAGACUAAACUACCCCUUCACUAGUAAGAAAUUUUUAAAGUGACCAGUCUAAUCCCUUCCUCACCUCCUUCUCCUCUGCUUCUGUGGUCAGACAUCUCUACUGAGUAGGUUGCAAAGAGCAAAACCAGUCUCUUAGAGAUAUGGCACAUUGCCAGCUUUGUUAGGAACUGUUAAUUAGAUCUGCUUACAAGAAGUAACUUUGUUUUUGUUUUACCACAGAAUAUGUCUCCAUUUAAACUCUUAUCACAGCUCUUCCAUUUUGUCUGGGAAAGUUUGUCAGAAAGCAUAAUGGAAAGCCUCAUGUUGCUGCAACCAAUUAAACUGUUUUUAGACAUUGUUAUAGUGUGGCAGAUAUAAUGGUAUGAUAGUUGAGAGAUUACUCCAGGUAAUGGAGUAAUCUAUUACUUUGAUAUAUAUAGACACUUUUUGCUUGGUACUUCUGACUUCAAAGUGUUCACGUUUAGGGUACUAUAGAUAAUUACUACUUGUGUUUGUUAUGUUUUAAAUAAGUUUUAGAAGACAGCACUGGAUAUUUUGGUAGUUGUGACACUUUAUCAAUAUAAUAAAUACAUGGAUUUAGUCUCUGCUAGCAGUGGAAUAGUUUAAGCAUUAUCUAGUGGAGACAACAGCUUCAUUUAAGACUAUCCUGGUGACUCUAGAUAGAAUUCAAAUAAUUCAUUUAGGAGAUGAAAAUACAAUUGCAGAAAGUCAUAUCUGAAAUGUUGCUAAUAAACCUUAACUGGUUGGGUUUGCCCAGAAUUUGCUUGAAGAUUUUGGUAAAUGGUGGCUUACUGGAUUCUCAGCAGCAAUUGCCAAUUACUUUUUUUUUAUUGUAUUCAGUUUGAACUUUGCUUAAGAUAACUGAACUCUUGUCACCUCAGGGUAUCAUUUUAGUGAUGAGUUUUACAAAGCCUACUCUGUUAAUGUAGAGCUUUCAGCUAUUAAAUAACAUAACCCGUGCAGAGAGUUAACAAUGCCUAGCAGUGCUUGAAGAAUCAUGUCCAACUCAGUUAUUUCUCUCCACCAUUACUGUAGUAACAUUAGAUUUAACGUUAGCCACUGAGUCAGCCUACAAAAUCUACCCUGCAUAAAUUCCUCUCUUGUAGAAUCAAAUGUGACUCAAAUUUUAUAAAAUUCCAUGUACCACUGAAAUAAAACAAUUUCAAAGCAGUGUCAUCUCCCCAUAAUAAAAGAUUUUUACAUUUAAUUUUUACUUAUUUUCUACAAAAACAUUAAAUUGUUGCAUACAACUUUUUGCAAUAAAAGCGUAAAGCAAUAUCAAAAUAUAGUGAAUAUUUAUAUAGAUUAUAUUUUGGAAAGCUCUGGAUAUAGUGUAAUUCUACCUUCUGGCAUGGUAGUAGGUAGGGAAAGUGUGUGUACCUACUGGCUGGCACUGAAAUAUUAUUCUACUGUGUGACAUCUUCCUAUCCUCUGCUACUAAAAAAAAAAACACAAAACAAACCAACCAAACAAAAAAAACCCAGAUAAAAGACAGGAAAAAAACAAAACAAAACAGAAAACAAACCAAACCAAAACAGAAAAAUAGCAAAUAAAUAAAUAAAUAAAUAAAAAGAAAGAAAAAAGAAAUAAAAAGGGAAUAACAGCUACUCCCCCAACCCUUCCAACUCCAACGUCCUAUCAUUUCAAUUGCAAAGUGUGACAUAAUCUCUGGUAAAUGUAUCUUCUGAGUUCAGAUGCUGAACUGGAUGCAAGAUUUAGUAAAGGAUUCGGUAUAAGCAAUUUCAGUAGUCAUGUGGAACUUUUCUUGUAGGAAAAAGGCUGGGGGGAAAAAGAAAAAAAAUAUAUAUUACAAUGUAUAUUGAGAGAGAAGGAGCAUGGUUAUUUUGACUGCACUUUUUUUUUUUUUUACCUUGCCAAUACUUUUCCUGUAAAUCUUUUCCUAUUGUUGUCUGUCACCUUCCCCAAGAAGAUACUUAGUUCUGCAUAAAGUAAGAGUACUUGCAUUAACUCAACCCUAAGGUCUAUGCAGGCCUGUGUACCUGGCAAGUGUAGGGAGUCAUCCACUGUUUUCUGCAGAUUAUAGACAUCUUCAUAUAUAAACUUCCAAGCACCUCCAGGGCUCUCCUACCCAAUAUAUACAGUUCAAAUGCUUCCCAAAUCAGGUGCUGCACUAUGUUUAAUAGUCUGAAUUUGUCCUAGAUCUGGUGAAUUUAUUUUCUCUUCAUGUCUCCCUUUCCCUCUCUGUUUUGACCUUUCUUCAGAAAUAGAAUGACCAGGGCUGCAUGAAUUAUUCAACAUAAGAGCGUAUGAUGUAUUUAUACGGUGAUAUAGCAAACUGAUGUAUUUAUACAGUGAUUGUGAUAUAUAUAUAUAUAUAUAUGUUUUCUAUUUUGUUUACAGUUUCUUCCUUAAUCAUCCAAAUAUUUUGUUUCACAUUUUUACUUGAUGCUGAGUGCUUGACUUGAUGUUUCCAGAGAGCUGUCUAGUAUCAGUUUAUGAUUUUUUUCUUCUCAAGCAAUAGUGAAUUUAGAGUCCCUGUCUGUGUUUGUAUAAUUAGACUUAUUUUUUCCCUUGUGUGUUUCUUUGUGAUUUAUCAAAUUUCAUCACUACUUUAUUGCCACUGGCAUUCCAAAUUGUUAAAUCAUUUUGCAAUUCCUUACAGACAGCUUCUGAUUUAACUUUUUAAAAUCAUUUUGUAUCAAACUUUCUCAUCUGACAGUUCUUAGAUAUCAUAUUUCCCUUUACUACUAAUAAAAGUAAUUUUGUUUAAA